AGAAAAUCAGCUGUUCUUCCGUCAGGAACGGGACCGUAAUAUUUAAUGUUAGUUAAUUUCUUAUAUUAAAACGUAAGAAACGAGUGCCGACCGAUGGAUUCUAACUUGCGCAACUUCAAGGAUUUUCUCACAUUAUACAACAAAGUGACUGAAAUGUGCUUCAGCCGGUGCGUCGAUAAUCUCAACGACCGCAACCUGGCCAGCCAUGAGGACGUCUGCGUGGACAGAUGCGUUACAAAGUUCGCCCGCUUCAACCAGAAUAUGAUGAACUUCUAUGUGGAGGUGCAGACAACCAUAAAUGCCAAGCGCAUGGAGGAAGUAGAGGAGAAAGCCAGGGUAGCCGCACAGCAGCAGAAGGAAGAGCGCCACAAGGAGGAGCAGAGGCUGAAGGAAUUGGCCGCCACCGCGGUGCUGACACCUGUUUCGCCGACUGCCCCAGGCAACCUGUCCAUUUAGCAGCAGGCA